AUGCCUGUUCGUAUCGGUGGCACAACACAGGACCGAGCGAGAUACGACCCUGACUUUGACGGAUAUGUAUCGUACAAAGUCAACAAUUCUCUAGAAGCACCCAAGAGCCUUAUUUAUGGGCCUAAGUUCUUCGAUUUAAUCGGCAAUGAGACAAUGUUAGGUCUGAACCGCGGCCUGAACAAUCGGGGCAACACCUUUUCUGCAGCGCUAGAAGCCAGGGCAAUGAUAUCUAAGCAGCUAUGGGGAUUGGAGCUCGGAAACGAACCUGAUCUAUUCGAGUACUGGAAGUACCCUGUGGCCGUAGCUCCCUGGAAGGAAACGCAAGAGGGAGCCAACGCAGCCGAUUGGGCACAAGACUUUAUCAAUCACUGGAAGACACCGCUUCCUAUCCUUGCAGGAGGAGGAUAUGCCGUUCCAUUUGAAGUUGUGCCUCCAUGGCCUAAUCUGCCUUACCUGAUAGAAACAGCCUAUAACCAGACGAUCAAGGAUGCGACAAAAUUCUACAACGGGCAUCUCUACUCGUUAGAGAACGCCACAGCUAAUAGUUUGAAUAUCGAAAUGAACCACCAAAGAACAGUAUCCGAUCUAAAUAUGCUGCCGAUAUCUAGUGACAAGUCUGUCAACAGACCCUACGUUCUGGGCGAGACGGGCUUUCACUCAGGCGACUAUGAAAUGGAUGCUACCCUUGGCUUUGCAAUUCAAACGGUGGACAAAACCUUACAUGGCUUGGCCCUCGGUAUUCAACGCAUAUUCUACCACCAGGGCACAAUUAAUCAAGCGUUCUUCAACUGGUGGUGGAGUGAUCGUGUUAACGCUCCAUUUUACGGUGGUUAUUUCGCAGCGCUUGCUAUAGAGGGAGGGGACUCUAUCUCGGCGAGUGACGAUGGCAACGAUUCAUACGCGCAGUAUGUGGUUUAUAAGAAGGGGAAACCAUUCAAGGUUAUCUUAGUCAACACGAACUACUACUCUGGCAAUGGCUCUCGAUCGGUGACCAAUUUCACCAUGACAGGAUUGAAAAAUGGUUAUGUUGAAGCACUUCGCAUGACAGGACCGAGUAGUGAGACUUUGGUUCCGCGCCUGCAGACCGACCCGUCACUUGAACCUAGCAUUGGAGGCCAGUACUUUUCCAACGAUGACUGCAGCCUUCGAGGAGCCCAAAACUUUGAGGAGUUCACGGUUGAGAAGCACCGGCUUACAAUCAGCCUCACAGCUUCGGAGGUUUGA